UUAGGGUCAGACUUGGGUUUGCACUUAAAACGAGAGCUUCCCAGCUCGCGGUUCCUCACCGUGGCCAGGAUUGUGGACAGUUCUGUGAGCGAACGGAUACAACAAAAUCAUAAACUGUUGAACUUGGCGCCACAUCUCGAUAUCCUCAAUUUAUCACGUCGUGUAUUCAUGGUUCUUCUGUCGGAUGUUGCAAGGGUCUGCGGGGUUGAGGAUGCUGGAGGUCCCCUAUUCUGUGGAGUGGCUUGCUCAGAGCAGUCUGAGACUGGGUGGGCCUGGGCAGCAUGUCGGCCUGUGCCAUGACCGAGACAGACAAUCGGCCGGCAGCAACCAAGCGUUCCCUGUCCAACAAGAGACAGGAGAUGGUGACCUGUGCAGAGCCGACACAGCACACAACAAAGACAGAAGGAUUCCCAAUAAAGGCAGCCCAGUAAGGAUCAAGAACCAAUGGGGCAAAACUCCACAGGGAGCUUCUGAAUCCCCUGUGACCUGCGGAGUUAGUGCUUCCGGGGACAAGGACUCCAGAACCGAGGAAUGGGCUGAUCGCCGGCGGCUCCGCACUGUCUUCACGGUGGAACAACUGCGCGUUCUCGAGUUGAGUUUCCAGUGUCAGCAAUACCCGGGAUCCGAGCAGAGGCGGAAUCUAGCUGGAGAGCUUCACCUAUCCGAGACACAGGUCAAAACAUGGUUUCAAAAUCGUCGAAUGAAACUCAAACAGCAGCUUCAAGAUGCUCAGGCUGAGGCAUUUAAGUCAAGAUUGUUUCUUCAGUAUUUCUCCAAUCCUUAUGUCUCCAUUCAAAGUUUUUAUCCCAUGACAGAUUCUAGCUGUGUUGCUCAUUUCAACGAAUUUGGACCUCACCAUACACAGACUUCUAUGCCUUUACGUUCUCUUGACCAUCAGUCAAACUUACCUCAGAGCAAUGCAAAAGCCACUCCUUGUCGAUUCCAUCCAUAUCUGCGUAUCUAAUAAAGAAAUACAUUUAUGGUAACAUAAAAUGCACAUCAAAAGAAUAAUUAUAGACAUUCUUUCAUCAGGCAACAUAUUAUAGUAUAUUUAUUUUUUCAUCUGUUUUUGCAAUCAUUCGUAGGACAUUAUUGCAAUUGUAGGUACUAAAUCGUGAUGUCUUGAAAAUGUUCAUCAGUAAUCUGUGCUGAAUAAUCCACCCUAAGUCAGGUUGUGCUGAGAGUAAAGCAUUGGUUUGCAUUAUUGUAAUAUACAUUCCUUUUUAUUUGUGAAUUUUUUGAUAGAUUACACAGGAGUUUUCAAAGGAGUUACUGCAAGAAUACAUACAAAGUUAUAUGACAGAAUAUGGUUUCUGUAAGAGAGAGUUUCUGGCUCACAAUAUCAUAUACACUGGAUAAAAUAUUUAUUAUUAUUUCCCCGUGGUAAGCUUCAGAACUUAUUCUUUUGGAUUUUUCUCCUGGAAUACUCUAGAGCUGAUUCCAAACUGAGAUAUGAAUUUGUAGAAACAGACAGCACCAAGGCAUCUAAAUGACAAUCUCUCCUGAAUAUUAUUUGUGGAACUGCUGUUCUGAACAGUCAUUGGACAGCAAUAAGGAACAGGAACCCUGUUCAUUCAUUUCUUUUUCUUGCAAACUUAUAAUGCUACCUCUUCUGAGAUUUGUGACUCAGCCUAAAAAAAAUACAUAGUUUGGUUUCACCUAAAGUAUUAUUUACAUCAGCUUAUACAUGACAUUUUCAUAUUACAGUAUUGAACUUGAUCUAUAAUAGUACUAGUAGUGGUAUAGGAAAAACAUGGAAAAGAAAGCAUUCUGCAAUGAGCUGUAAUGUAAAGUGUGUUCACACUGUAAUAAUAUAAUUACUUCACGUGGAUUAGAGAGUCAUUUUAAAAUGAUAGGCCAAUAUUUGCAAAUUGAUUGAAAUGAGGUUCUUGGUGAUAAUGAGGCAGUAAUCCAGUUUAGGUACUUUGCAAAUCAAAUUUUGAAAAUAUAAUUACCAAAUGGCACAGUAAUAGAUGAUGUGAUUCAAAGGCAAAUUUGUUCAAAUGGUGAUAUAAUGCCCUUUUUAAGGUGUGGUCCCUGAAGCUAUAACGGGCUGAGAUAAGAUGGAUAAGGAAAACUUCUUCCUGUUAGCUGAUGAAGGAGAGGGAAACAGAGAUUUAAGAUUUUAGGCAAGUGAUGCCUUGGGAAUAUGAAGAAUUGUUUUAUGCAGUGAAUGGCAAUGACUGUCCAUGAGGUUAGUGAAACAGGAAAUAAUCAAUGGUUUCAAGAGGAAAAUGGAUAGCACUAACAGUAAAUAAACCUUUAGGCCCAUGGGUAUAGAGUAGAGGAAUGGGACUGUCUGGAUUGGUUCAUGAUGAGCCAGAAUGAAUCCAAUGGACUAAACAGUCUCACUCAGUGUCAUAAGUAGCUCUGACACAAAAUACAUAAUACAAUUAGUUCAAAUUCCUCUGUCUCUUUCUGAAAGUUUAGCAGACACAUUAACCCAUUUAUUUAAGGCUGAUUAAUGCCUCUGGUUAAACUGCAGUUUGGAAAUUUAGGCAAUGUGUUGUGAUGUAAUUUGGUCUUCAGUAGUAUUCUAUAACUAUGUUGAAAGUAACUAAUAAAACUACAUUAUUUCUAAUCUAAUGAAGAUGAGAAAUAAAUGUCAAAAUUUUGCUAUAGAAGGGAGAUCAAUUCCACUUGGUUAAACCUUUACAAUAACAUAAAGGGAAACUUUUGUUCCAGUAAAAUGGGUGAGGGUGUUAUUUUAUUAUGAAGUGACAUGGUUACAGCCACAAAUACAGGUUUCUUUUAUGUUUUCAGAAAUGCAUUGUGCUCUAAGGUUACCCACCUAA